UAUAGGAUCUUAGUGAAAAUUUUCUAAUUGAAAUUUGUUUGAUUAUUAUUUGAAUAUUGGGAUAUUUAUUUGAAAUGUAUACACACAUUGUCGCAUAUUUUUUCCUCGGAAUUGUGUUACUUGUUAAAGAAAUCAAAGGUAUGUCUUUCAGCAAAACAGUUACCAUUGAGGAAGAGCAACCACUGAAAGAGUGUCCAGUAUUGGACUGUACUUACCCAAACUAUCCUCUCAAAUGUUUUACACCAACUGCAUUUUGGUUCGGAGGAAGACUAUGUCCUGGUUGCUUCAAAAAUAUCUGCUUAACUUCUCUGAAUAAUCAGCAACACAAUCAGCAUCAACAAAGACCAUCUCUAAAACCACAGUAUAAACUCUCACAGCCAGAACAACGUCAAUACGGAACACGUCAGCCCAAACAACGAGCAUAUGAUUCACCUCAGUUAGAAACUCGCAAAUACGGCGAACCAGAGUAUAAAUCACCUCAGUAUGAAGAACGCCAAUAUGAACAGCAUCAGAUGUCCCAGCGAGAAACAAAUCAAUACGAAACACGUCCAUACAGCCAACAACCGUAUAACCAGCAGUAUAAAGCACCUCAAUACGAAACACGUCAGAACAGCCAACAACAGUAUAAUCAACAGUAUAAAGCACCUCAAUACGAAACACGACAGAACAGUCAACAACAGUAUAAUCAACAGUAUAAAGCACCUCAAUACGGAACACGUCCGAACAGCCAACAACAGUAUAACCAACAAUAUAAAGCACCUCAAUACGAAACACAGUACAACCAGCCACAGUAUCAAACAUCCCAAAACGAUAGGUAUCAGCUUAAUACACGUCAGAACAAUCAACAACAGUAUAAGACAGCUCAGUACGGUCAACAUCAAUAUGAAGGAAAUCAGUACAAUCAACCCCAAAAUGAUCACCCAAAGUAUAUACAACAUCAGUACAGACCUCCCCAGAACCGACAGCAGCAACGACACUAUUACAAUAAAUGAGAAAGCCUUGAGAAUAUCCAAUGAAGGAAUAACUCUUCAUCCUUGUUUUCACCCGCUCUUUCAUGAGUUGGAUUACAAAUGCGUCCAUUAUGCGAUGUGAGAUGGUUGAAAUUGAGUAAAAGAUGGCGACGUUUAAUGAGCGAAAAUGAUGUCCUGUCUCAAUAAAUAUGCAGUGGCAUCCAAAAACUGGUAUCGAUAUUCCACUUUGACAGUGCUGCUCAUAUUUACCAGAGUCGAAACUGUUUGGACUAACAGGAGCAUUUGAGUAUAAAAAUGCGAUAACAAUGGCAAGCCAUAUAAUAUCGACUGGAUUUAAGUGCAUCUACGCUUCAGCGAAGACUGAUAUGAAAUAGUUGCGAAUCAUCAUAGAAUGUCAUAUCUUAGAUUCUGUUGUCGAAUAAUCUACCUCAAGAACUGUACUCAAAUUCAUUUAAGCCAAAGAUUCAGUAGAUUGACGUAGACAUGUUCGGAGUACUAUUCUGAUAUAGGUGUUUUACAAUCAAGACGAUUUAAUAUCAAGACAAUCAAAAUAAUAUUAAUCCUAAAAAAUAUUAUGUAAUUGAUUUCGAACAGUUGAAUAAAAUAUGAACUGAAA